UUAAAAAAACGAGUGCAAGAAAAAGGAAAAAAAUUGUUAGAAUAUAAGAAUUAAGGCUGUCAAAUGAAAAAAAAGGUCACGAUUAAUUAAUAGAAAAGUAUAUACUGUAUGCAGAAUAGAUACUCAAUUCUAUAAAUGAAUUAAUUCAAGAAGGUUUGUUUACUCGUACAUGAAUUAGUGGCAUGACCCUUGUGGUCUCAUAAUUAACCCUUAUAUAUAAGAUGAUGAUGAUGAGGACAAAAGUACAUGCCCCAUAAGAUUCUCUAAAAUUAAAAGUGGGGUGUGAUGGGGAAAAGAAGAGCACCAUGCUGUGACAAAAGCCAAGUGAAGAGAGGGCCAUGGAGUGAUGAAGAAAGUGAAAGACUCAGAUCUUUUAUCCUUAAAAAUGGUCAUCACAAUUGGAGAUCUCUUCCCAAACUCGCUGGAUUGAUGAGAUGCGGAAAGAGUUGUCGUCUAAGAUGGAUAAACUAUCUGAGACCAGGUCUCAAACGAGGCAACUUCACCAAAGAGGAGGAAGAUACCAUUAUCCAACUUCACCAAACUCAUGGAAACAAGUGGUCUAAGAUCGCAUCCCACUUUCCGGGAAGGACAGACAACGAGAUCAAGAAUGUGUGGAACACUCAUCUCAAGAAGCGAUUGAUGAAGAGAAAUUCAUCAUCAUCAUCUGAUGUUACCCAUCAUUCAGUGUCCUCUACCUCUUCUUCUUCUUCCUCAAUCUCAUCAAUCUUGAAGGAUGUUAUUAUUAUCAGCGAGAUGCCUAACCAGGAAGAGGAGUUUGAGGAAAUCUUGGUGGAGCAAAUGGCAUGUGGAUUUGAGGUUGAUGCACCACAAUCACUAGAAUGUCUCUUUGACGAUAGCCAGAUUCCUCCUCCUAUAUCUAAACCAGACUCACUAGAAAUCCAUGGGAAAUCAUCAGAUCACGAAUUUUGGAGCCGACUGGUUGAACCAGGGUUCGAUGAUUACAAUGAGUGGCUCAGUUUUUUGGAUAACCAAACUUGCUAGAACACAAGGAGUUGAUCCAUCAUGUCUUACUGUUGCAUUGUUUUUUUUUCAUCUUCUUUCUUUUAGAUAAAUUUAGAAUACACUGAGAACACACUGUUUUUCUAAAAGCUAGAAAUGGAAACUAGAAUGUAAACAAGUCAGAAGCUGAUGUUGGAAUUAUUAUUAUACCGGACGGUGGGGAUAAAAUCAUAUUUGAUAUUAGAUGAA